AUAAAAGGAAGGUCCCCUGCUGCCCGGCAGACUGCGGCAUUAGACGGGAGGGAUGGCGUUUGGGCGAAGGCUGCUGCUCCUUUUGGGUUUGUUUGCGUUCGAGGCCGGCCAAGCGUCGGAUAAACCCUUUGUGUUGAUGAAACACCAAAAUCCUCGUACUGGUAGCAAGAAAACUUCUUACAAGAAGCCAUUAACAUUUGCCUCCAACAUUUCCAACUCAACCAUGUCGCCAUAUGUCAAUUACUGCGGUUUCGGCGUCAUAGGAAUUACAAAAGAAGCGGUUGUCAAUGUUUCCAUACCACAAACCGGGAAGAGUAACACAAAGGUGCUGUCCAUCACAACGGAUUCACCCACAUUAUCUACAGUCUAUUACAAGAUAAAUGCUGUGAACGGCACGACGUUGAUGAACCCAUCUGGAGAUCCUACAAAUCCUUCUUCUAGUCCUGAAACUAAUGGCGGACCAAGAUCGGUAAUUCCUUCCACGCCGGAGAAUGGAAACCCAGAGAAUGAGUCUUCAUUCAUAUCUAGUAAAUCGUGCAAGAUGGAAGAGAGGAUUCCGGAACUGAUCGUAAGUGUGUCGGUGGGAACCCAACCCAACCAGACCCAAGUCUACGCCGUCGGCUUGACCGAUCAAUUGCUGACGCUGACCAUAGAAAUCAGCACAGGAUUCUCGGUGAAGCCUCGCCUAUGUGCCAGCCCCAACAACUCUGCGUCGGUAUUUAUUGAGUUUGUCUCAAUCAACACUAAGAAUGCGGAGGUUACUAUUGGAUCCUGGGGAUACGGCCAAACAGCCACAGAAGCCUCCAUCUCACACCUCAAUCGUUUGGGCAACCAGUACGGCAAAGACCUCACUCAUCACUAA